UCUUUCAUGUUUUGCGCCGCUGCAGAGGUCGAACCGACCGCAUCAUAGCUGAUACUCAUUGUUUUAUGUUAUGUAUAAAAGUGUAAGGAAAAGCAGGUGAUGAAACAUGGCAGCGUCCAGAAAACUACAAGGUGAAAUAGACAGGUGCCUAAAGAAGGUGACAGAGGGCGUCGAGACGUUCGAGGACAUCUGGUCCAAGGUGACCCAUGCCACAAACAGCAAUCAGAAGGAGAAGUAUGAGGCUGACCUCAAGAAGGAGAUCAAGAAGCUGCAGCGGCUGCGGGACCAAAUCAAGACCUGGCAGGCGUCUGCUGAGGUCAAGGACAAGAGCAGUCUUGUCGAACAUCGAAAGCUCAUUGAAACGCAAAUGGAGCGGUUCAAGGGUCUGGAGCGGGAGACCAAGACCAAGGCCUACUCCAAGGAGGGUCUGGGCGCGGCCACCAAGCUGGACCCGGUACAGAAGGAACGCGACGAGUGCACGCGCUGGCUUUCCAACAGUAUAGAGCAGCUGAAUGUGCAGAUUGACCAGUUCGAGGCUGAGAUGGACGGCCUCACUGCGAAGAGGAAGCGCGACAAAGACAAGUCGGAGCGGCUCGACCAGCUGAAGCACUGGAUCGAGCGGCACCGCUUCCACAUCAAGAAGCUAGAAACGCUGCUGCGAAUGCUCGACAACAACGCCGUCGACAUGGACUCGGUGAAAAAGAUCCGCGAGGACGUGGAGUACUACACCGAGUCGAACCAGGAGCCCGAGUUCGACGAGAACGAGUACAUCUACGACGACAUCAACAUGGACAACAUGGAGGAGAUGUUCAUCGCUGACGUGAGUGGUCGGCGUCGGCGACGUGCCGCGCGGCUGGUGGGGAGUGAGCGGGGCCCGGCACCCGACCGUCCGGCCCCUGUUCAGGAGGGCUCGGCGGGCCCCCCGUGGUAAGCACGGCUGGUGGAG